ACGUGCUCAGUGAAAACAAACCGUGACGUGGCUAAUCCUGCCGCACAUAAAGUCAGAGAGACAGCGAGAGAGAGAAACGCAGAUUAUUCGCAGAUUUAUAGAAGAUUGAAGAAUUUGGAAUCUGUCAACAUCUAAACUAAGUCCUGAAAACAAAGACGAUAAAUCUCUAUUUUUCGGGAAGGCGUCUGUUCUAGCGGCUAGCUGCUGCUCAUAGCCUCCAGAGCUAACAACACACACACACACACACACACACGGAGAAAAGGCAUGAAUUAAAAUGUCUGACAGCGAAGCUUCAGCAGCUGAGGGUCAGGAGGUCACGGCAGGAGGAGGAGCACGUGCAGAGGAGACACCCGACGCGCCACUGACUCCACCCGAUGUUUCCACUGACGUAGCCCCGACGAGGAAGGCCAGGAGGAGAGCAGAGGUUAAACCUGCUGCUCAGGAAGAGGAGAAGGAGGAAGAAGGAAAGGAAGUGGAGGAGCCAAGUGAAGGAAAGCAGCUGCCAAAGUCGUCCAGUGAGUCGGCAGUGUCUCAGGCUGGUUGGGGUUACUGGGGCAGCUGGGGGAAAUCCAUCUUGUCCACAGCAACAGCCACUGUGGCCACUGUGGGUCAAGGCCUCACUCAGGUGAUCGAGAAAGCCGAGACGUCGCUGGGAAUCCCGAGUCCCACCGAUCUGUCGGCGCAGGUGGAGGAAGAAGAGAAACAGCAGCUUUCUCCCGCAGAUAACGGCGGCAGCGAGUCGGACAGAGCAGGGGGCGGAGCUAUGGGAAUGUUUUCAUCGCUCUCCAGCGUCGUCCAAAGCACCGGGAAGACGGUGAUCAGUGGAGGUCUGGAUGCUCUGGAGUUUAUCGGAAAGAAGACAAUGGACGUGAUCGCAGAAGGGGACCCGGGUUUCAAGAAGACCAAAGGUCUGAUGAGCAGGAACAACACUCUGUCACAGGUGUUGAGGGAGGCGAAGGAGCGAGAGGAGCUUCAGGCGGCAGAAGAAGACGAGUCGCCAGACUCGCAGAAGAAGGUGGUCGCUCACUACGGCAUGCUGUUCGACGAGUUUCAGGGUCUGUCGCACCUCGAGGCUCUGGAGAUCCUGUCCCGGGAGAGUGAGUCUAAGGUGAAGUCCGUGCUGACCACGCUGUCCGGAGACGAGCUGCGACAGCUCAGGGGAGAGCUGGACGACAUCAAGGACUCGUUCUCCCUGGUGGAGUUUGACGACGAGGACGUCGACGAGCAGAAGGAUGAAGACGGAUCAGAAUUUGAGAAGGAGUUGGCGACGGCUUUGGAGGGUUUGAGUGUUUCCACCACAGUGGACAAACUCAGCAAAGCAUGUAAGAACACCUGCAGUCAGAUCAGUCACAUGACUCAGACUGAGAGGGAAGGAGGAGAAGGCGAGAAGAAAACUCCCGCUGUUGAGGAGAUUCACGCAGCAGCCAUCAGGAGUCUGGCGGAGCUGACGGCUCGAUCCAUCGAGCUUUUCCACAAACUGGCGGAGAAGAUCCUCCUCUCUGGUGACGCCACAGACGCCAGCGUCCUGUCACAGUUAACCGUCGUUCUGUGUAAAGAACUCUCGCUGCUCUCCAAGAAGUUCACGUCUUGUUUAACCACGGUGGGGUCAAACGAGAAGGGGGACGUCCUCAACCCACUGAUUACCGGAGUCUUUUUAGAGGCGUCAAACAGCGCUUCCUACAUUCAGGACGCUUUCCAGCUUCUGAUGCCUGUUCUGGAGAUUUCGCACAUCCAGAGAAGAACAGAUUCCAUGGAGCAGUGAGCGGACACUGACCUACGCCACAGCUGAUAACUGUGCACUUGGCCACUUAGUAUGUUUGUUUGUUUUUUCCUCCUAUUUUUAAUAAAAACAAAAACCUGUG